GGCGGCGGCGGCGUCCUGAACAGUCUGGAAACUCUGCUGACUCACAUCAUGUUACCUGCUCUCAGGUCGCAGCAGUCGUGGGGCUCUGUGCAGGACGGCGCCUCGUGCCCACACGUGCGGUCCUUCCUGUCCUCGGUGGAUCAGUUUGUCAGUAAUCUGAGCUCAGCCCGACUGAACAUGGAGAGAAAGUUCCAGCUGCAGCAGGUGGAGCUUCCUGACGCCAUCAGCCAGCUGAGCAGCCCUGCAGACUACAGAGCAGCAGCCAAUAACAGUGAGCUGGUGGAGCGUCUGGAGGAGGCGUUGACCCUGUGGACCAAUCAAAUCAAGCAGGUGCUGACGGAGAGCGAGCAGAUGAGGAAAGAGGCCGACGAUGUCGGGCCGUCGGCCGAGCUGGAGCUCUGGAAGAGCCGCACGGUGACCUUCAACAGUCUGUUGGAGGAAGUGAAGGGCUCUCAGGUGAAGAGGACUCUGGGGGUCCUGCAGGUGGCUCAGUCUCGGUGCCUGCGUGCCUGGAGAGAUCUGGUCAGCAGUUUAUUUCCUGUUCAGUUCACAGCUGUUGUCUCGACGAUGCUGACGUCAUCACUGAUCGAUUUAUUGAUUUAUGAGGACAGAGACAUCACUGCGGUGGCCAACGAGGCAAAGGACAACGUCAAGUAUCUUUACACCCUCAACAAGUUCUUUGGAUCUGUGGAAAAAUCCACUCCUGUGAGAAAAACACUCUUCAUGUCUUUCUGUAUAAAACCGUCUGCAGCUGUUUGAGUCCUUCAUGAUUGUGAGGAACAGAAAACAGUGAAGACAUCGU